CAUACAACAAUGCCAGGAAAAAAGAAGAAGGAACGGAAGCCGCCGCCUGGUGCUCGCAAAGGGAAGAAGACUACCCCGAUCGGCAAAGGGAACAAGCAUCGUGAUGCGCAUACAGGUACACUCCCAAUAAGACAGCGCGGCCAUUCCUGUCGUCAUCUAUAUGGCAUGCUGACACGCGCCUGUAGACUCGCCUGCACACUCAAGUCGAGUGCAAAGGACUGGAGUGCAGCAGAAAUCAUUUACACUGAUAGAUGAGGCGUUGGAUUCUAGCAGACUGGGCUCUAAGCGGCUCUGGAAGGGCGCAGCGGCAACGUCUAAGCUACGGCAUUCGCCUAUCGUGUUCAUCAGGGCAGAGGAGGUAUAUGAUCCUGGAAAGCUGCUCAGAGAUCAGAUUGCAAUGCGUGUUUUGGCCGAACCAUCACUGCCUGAUGCAACUAUGUCUCUGGAGCUCAAAAUUCCAGUCGAUGAGAGUAAGGAGCAGCUUGCAGAUCAACUCCUAGCAACACUUCAUGGAGAUGUGCCUGUUGCUGUCGAUUCUCAAGGUCAGCCGGAGCAUUUGGCAACACCUCUACUGCAGAAUGAGCCUAUCGUGGAGAAACCUGCUGUUGAAGUCAAUAACGAGCUGAUGAACCCAGCAAUUGAAGGCGUGUCUCUUGAGGAGGCCACCGAGGUCGAGACUGAUGAAAGCCUCGUUCCGGAUGUCACAUCGCUCAAUAAUCCCAACCGCACAGUGGACGCGGCCACAACCUCUCCGCCGGUUGAUAUGGACGCACUCCUUGAUUCUAUGGCAGUAGACGACGAGCUUGAUGAUCAGGCUUCAGACGUUGCAAAUCAAAUGGAUGAAGAGGAUGAAGAAAUCACGUCUGAUGAUUUUCAAACAGCAUCGAGCGACGAGGAACUGGAUGAAGAAGUGUCUUUCUUUGUAGACACGGAGGGAGACACGACUUUUGCAUCUACAGAGAUGCCUACGACUUCAACUCGACCGCUAAAUAUGACAGCUGCAUCCACACCCGUCGGUAUGGAACACAGUGGAAUAUCUACACCAUGGGCCCGCACAAUUGAUGACCCCGUCUUGGUAGAAGUGAACGAAACAACUACGACAGCCAGACCGUAUUCAGGACAUGCCUUUGCAGAGACCCAAUCGCGCGGCAAACGCGGCGGGCAAAGGAAACGGGAAAGACAGCAAGCCGCGCAGGAACAACUGCGUAUGGAUGAAGCUUAUGCCAUCCACCUCGAUUAUAUGGAGAAUUCGCGCUGGAGAGAAGAUGAAGAUGCGGCAGAAGAUGACGAGGACGAAGCGCCUUUGCUGGCACAGAUGCUGGCGGGACUCGGUCCAGCCAAUGCCUUUGGCAAUACGGCUAUGGACAGCGAUGAAGAAGACGACGAGGAUAAUCAAGAGGAUUCGCUGGACGAAGACGAGCUUGAAGCUCCUCUUGAUGCAGAAGAGAACAUGUUUACGCUCAACUACAACAAGUCUUCGCGCAAUCGUUACAAUGAUUUUGCCAGCGAUGCGCUCUUCCAUGACGAUUUUAAUGUUUACGACUACAACUCUGCAGGAGAAGAUGAUGCCGAGUCCUUGCCAGACUUGCCGGCCUCUGGCGCUCGUCGGCGGGACCUGAAUCAAUUCGUGCAAGACAUGGAUUUGUCGGACGAAGAACUUGAAGCAACACUCAUUGCGCAAUGGAAAGCUGACAAGGCUUCCAAGAAGUCCAGGAAACGAGAUCGUCAACAGCAGCAUGCCGAAGGACUGGUUGGAAAGCGCGCAAAGCGUGCACGCGCUGCACAUGCUGCCAAUGCUGGUCAUGGCUCUUUGAGUGAGUACCACACAAUCAUCAAGCAUUUCGUCUCACACGCGGAUUAUGUGGGCGUGGAGCAGUUGCCUUUGCCUGCAAUGGACCGCUCUAUUCGCCGAGCUGUUCACAUUAUUGCCCAGCACGGAUAUAAUCUGCAGACAAAGAGUCAAGGCAGCGGAAAGCGACGCUAUCCUGUGUUGUACAAAACGAAGCACUCCUCGUCUGCCAAGAAUCUGCCGGAUGCCGUCUUUAUCGAGGAAGUCAUGGUACAAGCACAAAAGACUAUUGGCUACACAAGCAGCACCAAGCGUCGCGAUCCAAUGCAGAUCAAGACGAAGGGCAAGGGCAAGAUUCCUGGCGGCGGCGGUAUCAGCAGAGCAGCGGGGGCGGGCGCUGGUAAACUGCGCGAUGGUGAUAUUGUUGGUGUGGAUGCACCUGAGAUUGCCCUGUCGAAUCGUGGUCGUGCCAUGCUCGAGAAGCUCGGCUGGAGUCAUGGAACGGGCCUUGGCGUUGUCGGCAAUAUCGGUAUCUCUAUACCACUGACAGCGACAGUCAAGAAUACACGAGUGGGAUUGGGUACGUAGAUGAAGAGACUAUUGUAUUGUAUAUAUGCCCAGCAGCCCAGGUGUAGAAGCAGGUAGAUGUUCAGAU